AUGAGAAUAAUUUCUUUCUAGGGGCCUGAUGAAGAAGCUGUUGUGGAUCUUGGCAAAACCAGCUCAACUGUGAACACCAAGUUUGAAAAAGAAGAACUAGAAAGUCAUAGAGCUGUAUAUAUUGGCGUCCAUGUUCCUUUUAGUAAAGAGAGCCGUCGACGUCACAGGCAUCGGGGACACAAACAUCACCACCGGAGGAGAAGAGAUAGAGAAUCAGAUAGAGAAGAUGGACGCGAAUCUCCUUCUUAUGACACGCCUUCCCAGAGAGUGCAGUUCAUCCUCGGGACGGAAGACGAUGAUGAGGAGCACAUUCCCCAUGACCUCUUCACGGAAAUGGACGAGCUGUGCUACAGAGACGGAGAGGAGUACGAGUGGAAGGAAACGGCUCGGUGGCUGAAAUUUGAAGAGGAUGUUGAAGAUGGAGGUGACCGAUGGAGCAAGCCUUACGUGGCCACCCUGUCCCUGCACAGUCUUUUUGAACUGAGGAGUUGUAUCCUGAACGGAACAAUCAUGCUGGAUAUGAGAGCAAGCACUCUAGAUGAAAUAGCAGAUAUGGUGCUGGACAACAUGAUCGCUUCUGGUCAGUUGGACGAAUCCAUCCGGGAGAAUGUCAGGGAAGCUCUACUGAAGAGACACCAUCACCAGAAUGAGAAAAAGUUCACCAGUCGGAUUCCCCUUGUCCGAUCAUUUGCAGAUAUAGGCAAGAAACAUUCUGAUCCUCACUUACUUGAAAGGAAUGGGGAAGGCCUCUCAGCCUCCCGCCACUCUUUGCGAACAGGUCUGUCCGCCUCAAACCUGUCACUGAGAGGAGAAUCGCGUUUGUCCCUUCUUCUCGGGCAUCUUCUUCCUGCUUCAAGAGCUGGGACCCCCGCCGGCUCCCGCUCCACCACCCCAGUACCCACCCCUCAAAACAGCCCUCCUUCCAGCCCUAGCAUCAGCCGACUGACCUCCAGAAGCUCCCAGCAGAGUCAGCUUCAGGUCCCAGAGCCACUGGCCUCACCCGCCAGUGAUGGCAUCCCCACUGUAGUAAUUCAUCCGCCCGAGGAAGACUUAGAAGCGCUGGAAGGCCAGGAGCAGAAGAAUGAGGAAAAUAUUGAACUGAUUGCAGGUAUUUUGGCUUCUCCACAGUCUGCACCUGGAAACUUGGACAAUAGUAAAAGUGGAGAAAUGAAAGGUAAUGGAACUGGAGGAAGCAGAGAAAACAGUACUGUUGACUUCAGCAAGGUUGACAUGAAUUUCAUGAGAAAAAUCCCCUCUGGAGCGGAGGCAUCGAAUGUUCUGGUGGGAGAAGUAGACUUUUUGGAACGACCGAUCAUUGCAUUUGUGAGGUUGGCUCCUGCCGUCCUUCUCUCAGGAUUGACCGAGGUCCCGGUUCCUACAAGGGUGGCCCUGCGCUGGCUUCCAAGAUUAGCUCCUGGAGUGCCUUCAGAAAAACUAAGUGUCAUCAUCAAGUUGGUGAAACAUCUCAUGGAAAAGAGAAAGAUCCCCGUGUUUCCUAAUGGAUCUGCCCCGACCUCGGGUGAUACCCCAAAAGAGGCAGCUCAUCACGCCGGACCGGAGCUGCAGAGGACUGGCCGGGUUUUUGGUGGUUUGAUACUUGACAUCAAAAGGAAAGCACCUUUUUUCUUGAGUGACUUCAAGGAUGCACUAAGCCUGCAGUGCCUGGCCUCGAUUCUUUUCCUAUACUGUGCCUGUAUGUCUCCUGUAAUCACUUUUGGAGGGCUGCUUGGAGAAGCUACAGAAGGCAGAAUAAGUGCAAUAGAGUCUCUCUUUGGAGCGUCAUUAACUGGGAUUGCCUAUUCGUUAUUUGCUGGGCAACCUCUUACAAUACUGGGAAGUACAGGUCCAGUUCUAGUGUUUGAAAAAAUUUUGUUCAAAUUUUGCAAAGAUUACAACCUCUCCUAUUUGUCUCUGCGGACCAGCAUUGGUCUGUGGACUUCGUUCUUGUGCAUCGUGUUGGUUGCAACAGAUGCGAGCAGCCUUGUGUGUUACAUUACGCGCUUCACAGAGGAAGCAUUUGCAGCACUCAUUUGCAUCAUAUUCAUCUACGAGGCGCUGGAGAAAAUCUUUCAUUUGGGAGAAAAAUAUGCAUUUAAUAUGCACAACAACCUAGAGGAACUGACCACCUACUCAUGUAAAUGCAUGGAACCUCUGAACCCCAGUAAUGAAACGCUAAAGCUGUGGAAAGAAAAACACAUAACAACAGAUAAUAUUACCUGGGAAAAUCUGACUGUGACUGAAUGUAAAGAGCUUCACGGUACAUUUGUGGGAUCGGCUUGUGGUCACCACGGGCCCUACGUUCCAGAUGUGCUCUUCUGGUGUGUCAUCUUAUUUUUCACGACGUUUUUCCUGUCUUCAUUCCUCAAGCAAUUUAAGACCAAGCGUUAUUUCCCUACUAAGGUGCGAGCGACAAUCAGUGACUUUGCUGUAUUUCUCACAAUAGUGAUAAUGGUUGCCAUUGACUACCUGGUAGGAGUUCCAUCUCCUAAACUUCACGUUCCUGAAAAAUUUGAGCCUACUCACCCAGAUAGAGGCUGGAUCAUAAGCCCACUGGGAGAAAAUCCGUGGUGGACGUUAUUAAUAGCUGCUAUUCCAGCUCUGUUGUGUACCAUCCUCAUCUUUAUGGAUCAGCAAAUUACAGCCGUAAUCAUAAACAGAAAGGAACAUAAACUGAAGAAGGGAGCUGGCUACCACCUUGAUUUGCUCAUGGUUGGCGUCAUGCUGGGAGUCUGCUCGGUCAUGGGCCUCCCCUGGUUUGUGGCUGCAACCGUGUUAUCCAUAAGUCACGUCAACAGCUUGAAAGUUGAAUCUGAAUGUUCUGCUCCCGGAGAACAGCCCAAGUUUCUGGGAAUCCGCGAACAACGAGUUACAGGCCUUGUGAUUUUUGUUCUCAUGGGCCUCUCCGUGUUCAUGACAUCAGUCCUAAAGUUUAUUCCCAUGCCUGUUCUUUAUGGUGUUUUCCUUUAUAUGGGCGUGUCUUCAUUAAAAGGAAUCCAGUUUUUUGACCGCAUUAAGUUGUUCGGCAUGCCUGCUAAACAUCAGCCCGACCUGAUCUAUCUGCGCUACGUACCUCUCUGGAAGGUCCACAUUUUCACAGUCAUUCAGCUCACCUGUCUGGUUCUACUCUGGGUGAUUAAAGCCUCGUCCGCGGCCGUCGUUUUUCCCAUGAUGGUUCUUGCAUUAGUAUUUGUACGGAAGCUGAUGGACUUGUGUUUCACUAAGAGGGAACUUAGCUGGCUGGAUGAUCUCAUGCCGGAAAGUAAGAAGAAGAAAGAAGACGACAAAAAGAAAAAAGAGAAGGAGGAAGCCGAGCGGAUGUUGCAAGCCGAUGAGGGUGAUACUGUGCACCUCCCGCUUGAAGGCGGAAGCCUCUUGCAAAUUCCAGUGAAGGCCCUCAAUUAUAGUGUUGAUCCCUCAGUUGUUAACAUAUCAGAUGAAAUGGCCAAAACAGCGCAGUGGAAGGCACUUUCCAUGAAUACUGAGAAUGCCAAAGUAACCCGAUCUAACACGAGCCCUGAAAAACCUGUGAGUGUGAAAAUAAAUUUUGAAGAUGAACCAGUGAAGAGAUACAUGGAUGCUGAAACUUCAUUAUAG